GCGCCUGCGCAGUGGGCGCCGGUGGCGACCAUGGACGCUCUGUGGGCCGCGCUGGAGGAGGUGGCGCUGGAGGGGCUGGACGGCAUCACCCCGGGAGCCCUCUGGGAGCGCCUGGCCGCCCGCGUGCCGCCCUUCCCGCUCGCGCCCCUCGGAGCCCAGACCCGGGCGCUGCUCUGGGCCUCGCUGGCCGCCCACGCCCAGCUCCGCUUCGCCCUCCUCCCCGAGCCGCGCCCCCCGCUCCACCUCUACGACCGGUAUGAAGAAAUUAACCCCGAUACGGGGAUCCUGGAGAGCAAGAGGGACCCUUCCCCCUUUGAGGACAUCUAUCCUGUCCACAUCAUCUUGGACCACAGUGAAGGCAUCCAGGGCUCUUGCCGCUACUUCCAUGAGAGGCUGGACAUUACGGAGCAGGUCCGGACUAGCGACCUGCGGCCCUGCUGCACUUAUGAAGAGGCCCAUGAGAAGUGGGGAGAGCGGCUGGUGCUGGUGGCCUCCCAGGUGCUGCGGCAACGGACCCUGAUUGGAUGGGAGGGUGACCCGGACCUCAAACUCCCCGACUUCUCCUACUGCAUUCUGGAGCGCCUCGGAAGAGCGAGAUGGCAGGGGGAGCUCCAGAGGGACCUCAGCACCGCCUUCAAGGUGGAUGCUGGGAAGCUUCACUACCACCGGAAGGUGCUGGACCGGAAUGGUCUCAUCUCCAUGCAGUCGCACGUGAUCCGGUUGCCGUCAGGGGGCCAGCAGUACUCCAUCCUCCUUCUCCUGACCCGCUUCCAUGUCGACAGGAGGAGCAAAUACGACAUCCUGAUGGAGAAGCUCUCCAGCAUGCUAAGCAGUCGACCAAGUCGAAUGGAAACGCUGGGAAACAUCAAGGAGGAGCUGGGUGUUUGUGAGAAGACCUCUAAGCGUCUCUGCCAGUACAUGCUGAACGCUGGCUUGGGCAAGAUCGUGUCUGUCCCCUUACAGGAUGUCAGCCCAAAUAAGGGCCCCUUCAAGACAAAGAAGGGAACCGACGUCGUGGUCCGUUGCCUGAAGCUGGUGAAGGAGUUUCGGAAGAAGGUGGAUGAUUACCACGAUGAGGAGGAUGAAGAGCUGAUCAAUAAAAGUGUGCAGCCAGUGGACAUUGUGUAUGAGAGGGACAUGCUGUCACAAGCGUACGAACUGAUUGAAAGCUGGGGGACCAAAGGCAUUUCCCAGGCGGAACUUCGAGCGGCCAUGAAUGUGGGGCGGCUGGAAGCGAGGAUGCUGUGCCGCCUCCUGGAGAGGUACAAGGUGAUCAAGGGAUUUAUGGAGGAUGAAGGCCGGCAGAGGACAACCAAGUACAUCACCUGCGCAUUUGCGGAGGAGAGCAACCUGAGCCGGCAGUUUGAGCGGGAGAAGGCCCGCAGCGAGCAGCUGAGCAUGGCCAGCGCCUCUGCAUCCCAGGAGGACUCCUUGCUGGGAGGAGAGCUUUCCCCAGUGGAGGAGGAAACACUUGUCUCUGAGGAAGAGGAAGAGGAAAGAGAAGGCGGGGGGACAAAGAGUUCUAGCCCUCGGCUGAGGCUGAGUUUCAACGUAGGAGAAAGCUUGGGCCACUCGUCACAACUGAAAGAUGCCGAUUCCGCUCUGGAGACCCUUGGACAGGAAGCCUCUCUUUCAGACAGUGUGCUGGUUGAGGAGGACGUCGGCACCAUCGCUGUGGUGGAGGAAGUCAGGCCGGAAACUCCCAAAAAGGGCAGUGAUGAGAAGAAGAAAGUCAAGCGCUCACGGACCAUGGCGGCAGAGCGGUCACAUGAGACCUACCGCUUGCUGAAACGGAGGAACCUCAUCAUAGAGGCCGUCCGGAACCUUCGCCUCAUUGAGAGCUUUUUUGCGCUCCAGAAAAUGAUCAUGGAUCAGGAGAAGCAGGAAGGAGUCUUGACCCGGUGCUGCAAGAAGUCCAUUGUCCGCCUGGUGCAGAAGCUCUCCCAGGAAGGCCUCCUGCGCCUCUACCGCACCACCGUGAUCCAGGACGGCAUCAGCAAAAAGGUUGAGUUUGUGGUGGACCCCUCCGUGAACCCUAGCGACCCCCUGGUGAAAAGUGCCAUUGAGCAAGUGCGCUUCCGCAUCUCCAACUCGAGUACUCUGAACAGGACUAAACCCCCGCAGACCCACACGCCUCCGGACUGCCUUGGAGAAGGAAGCCAGGAGGCUGGCACUGGGGACGCCUUGAAAGAGAUGGAGGGCCGUUCAUCUCCGUGCAAGUCCGGGGAGAAGGCGCAGAUCGCAAAGUUCAGCUACCACCCCGAGAUAGUGCCAGGCCUGGGCCGCUCCCUGGGCUUCUUGCCCAAAAUGCCCCGCUUAAAGAUGAUCCACAUCUUCCUAUGGUACCUCGUCUAUGGACAUCCCUUGCACCACCUUCGGGACACGAGUGGCAGCAAGGAGCCCGGCACAAGUGCUGAAUCCCCACCUGGGCAGAAGGAGCACCAAAUGAAAGGCCUGGAAAGACCCGCUGAGGGUUCGGCCCUGGAAGUGGAGGUGGAGCUUGGAGAACAGGCCGUAUAUGUGGACAACGCCUCCUGGAUGCGCUACAUCCCUCCCUUGCCGUUCCACAGGGAGUUUGGCCAUGGAUGGGCUCUGGUCAGUGACAUCCUCCUCUGCUUGCCACUCUCUCUCUUUGUCCAGAUGAUGCAAGUCAGCUACAAGGUGGAUGGCCUGGAGGAUUAUUUAAAUGACGUUUUGAAGAAACACACUCUGAUCAGAUACCUCCCAAGAUCCAUCCGACAGAAACUCCUGUACAAGAGGAGAUACAUCUUCUGCAUUGUGGAAUGCCUGCAGCGGCUGUGUUACAUGGGGCUGGUACAGUUUGGCCCCACAGAGAAAUUCCAAGAAAAGGACCAGGUGUUUGUCUACCUGAAGAAGAAGGCCUCCAUUGUGGACACCACUGUCUGUGAACCCCACUACAACUUGGCCCAAAGCAGCCGCCCUUUCGACAGGCGCCUCUACGUCCUGAACUCCCUGCACGAUGUGGAGAACUUCUGGUUCGACUUGCAGUGCGUCUGCCUCAACACCCCACUAGGAAUCGUUCGCCACCCGCGGGUCAAGCGGAGCGGGACCCAAACCGAGGAGGCUGGCACCGUCCUGGAUGCAGCCCUGGAGCAAGAGUCGGCUGCCCAUAAGCACAACCUGGAGCGCAAGUGCGCCAUGCUGGAGUACUCCACAGGAAGCCGAGAAGCGCAGGACGAUGGGUCGAUCCCUGGAGAUGGGCUGGGAGCAGGAGGGCUGGAUUCCAGCUUUUACAGCCACUUGAAACGCAAUUGGAUCUGGACAAGUUACAUCAUUAAGACAAAAAAGGAGAACAUGGCAUCUGAAGUGGGGCACACAGUCCGGCUUCAGACCUUCCUGACCAAACGCUCCCUGCCACUGGCCGCAAGAGGGGAAAAUGGCGCUUCCUGGGGAGCUGCUCUGGCUGGUGCAGACCCUGCUGUGCAGAAGGAGGACCUGGAGGUCGGAAAGGAGGCAGCCUUGAACCGGAACAAGAGGGUGAGGGGCGGGAAGAGCCAGAAGAGACGACGGCCGAAGAAGAAUGUGGUGAAGAAGGCCAAAAAGAAGAAGAGAAAGAAGGAUGGGGGCUCUGCAGAGAAGAGCAAGAAGCUGCGCUACCAUGAUGAAGCGGACCAGAGCGCCUUGCAGCGGAUGACCCGUCUGAGGGUCACUUGGACUGUCCAGGAAGACAGCCUUCUGAUGCUUUGCCGGAUUGCCAGCAACGUCCUCAAUGCAAAGGUGAAGGGGCCGUUCGUCCCGUGGCAGGUGGUCAGGGACAUCAUGCAUAGCAGCUUUGAGGAGUCCUUGGACAAGACCUCUCAUUCCGUGGGGCGCAGGGCGCGCUACAUUGUCAAGAAUCCCCAAACCUACCUCAACUACAAGGUCUGCCUGGCAGAGGUCUACCAAGACAGGGCUCUGAUUGAGGACUUCAUGAGCAGGAAGAACAACUACCAGAACACCAAGGUUUGCUCAGAAGAGUUCAAGGAGUUUGUGGAGCGGCUGAAGGAGAAGUUCAGCUCCGCGCUGGGCAACCCCCGGCCGGUCAUCCCAGAUACCCUCCAGGAGCUUUUCUGCAGGUUCCGUGUCCUGGCCAUUGGAGAUGAGACAAGCCAAAGCAAGAAGGACGAUGUCCUGAGCAGCAUCAAUGACAUUCACUUCCUGGUGCUCCAGAACCUGAUCCAGAGCACCUUGGCCCUCUCCGACAACCAGAUGAAGUCCUUCCAGUCCUUCCAGACCUUCCGCCUCUACCGGGAGUAUCAGGACGAGGCUCUGGUGAAGGCCUUCCUGGAGUGCCAGAAGAGGAGCCUGGUGAACCGCCGGAGGGGCAACCACAGCCUGGGGCCCAAGAAGAAUCGAGCCCUUCCCUUUGUGCCCAUGUCCUACCAGCUCUCUCAGAGCUAUUACAGGGUCUUCACCUGGCGCUUCCCUACCACUUUGUACAGUGAGGCCUACCAGUUCCUCUUGAAGCUCAAGGAGGCGGGGAAGGGGGACCAGGCCUCCAGCUUUUCCUUCAAGGACCAGGAUGCCCCUUCUGCCCCCGAAAUGGUGACUUUCCCCGUGGACGGCCCCGGAGGUUGCUGCGCAGCCAUCCUGGCCCUUUUCUGCCUGGGCCUGGUCUCUGUGGAGGUCACCAUCCCGGAGCAGAUUGUGGUGGUGGACAGCACCAUGGUGGAGAACGAGGUCGUGAAGAGCCUGGGGAAAGAGGGCCUGGAGGAGGAAGAGGAGGAGGAGGAGGAGGAAGAGGAAGACGACGCAGAGGAGGGAGGUGGGUCUAGCAAGCACCAGAUUGAGGUGAAGGCGCACCAGGCCUCGCACACCAACUACCUGCUGAUGCGCGGCUACUAUGCCCCAGGGAUCGUCAGCACCAGGAACUUGAGCCCCACCGACAACAUUGUGGUCAACUCCUGCCAAGUAAAAGUCAAGCUGCGGGAGACCCCAGCCCCAGGCAGCCUCAUUGGCCAAGAGCUGCUGGACCUGGAACGCAUGCCAGUGGGGGCCACCUGCCUGCCCCCCUCAUUCACCAGGAGGUUCACUGCCCAGGAAGCAGGAGGAGGAGACCUGGCUGCCCUCCCGCAGGCCCUGGAGGGCCUCUCCUAUGGCCCUGGGGAUGUUAGGGCUGCCCUGGAGGUCUUCCACGAGGUAGAGGCUGCCUCCCACUUUGGGGUCCGCAAGGCAGACCUGGCCAGGAGGUUCCAGACUUAUGAAGAGCCCAGUGCGGAACGGACCCUGCUCUUGCCCCAGUACCUUAAGGACCUCCUAGAUCUGGAGCAGGUGCUGGAAGUGGGGGGCAGCUCCCCCCGCCUGGUGGCCAGGAGAUUUGCUGACCCUUGGCUCUUGCACUCGGUGUACCUCAGAGAGGAGGAGCAGGAGGAAGAAGAGAGGGAGGGCCCAAGCCAACGGGGAAAGGAUCUGGAUCCGCCCCAGGAAGGGAGUGUGCCCACCAGUAUCAGGGAGGAGGAGCGGGAGGGGCUCAAAAGGGCUGCCCCUUCCCCUCCUGCAGCAGAGGAGGGGGCAGGAAGUAAGAGGCCAAAGGUGGAAGCAGGGACAGAAGAGGAGAGCGAGGCUGCAGCCACAGAACUCCAUUUGGAAGAGCCUCCGCAGGCCAGUGGGGCAGGGGCCCUUGGAGAGUCAGGGGCCACCAAGGACAGCAGCUGCACUAGUGCCGUGGGAGAGGAGAUCCGUUCUAGUGAGGAAGAGAAGCUGCCCCCGAGUGGCACAGGCUGCAAGGAGUCCAACCCAGGUCCAUGUGGAGCUCAUCAGGCCCAACGGGAUCCCAGCUCUGGACCUUUUAGCGGGAAGGGAGGCCCAGCUGAGCAGGGAAGGGCUAGGCAAAGGGUCUCCUUCAUGGGGCGCCCAUGGCGCACGGUGGACGGGAGCCUGAACCGUCCAGUCUGCAAGGGCAUCAUGGAGGGGGUGCUGGGCCACAUCCUCACUCGGCCUGGGAUCACUGAGGCAGCUUUGCGGCACCACUACCUAGGCGUCCUGCAGCCCCUGGCCCUCCGGGAGAUCCUGCAGGGCCUGGAGUCACUGGGCUGCAUCCGGAGGCGCUGCCUGGCCCCCCAGCGCCCUGUCUCCCUCUUCUCGGCCCCUGCCCCAGAGGAGGAGAAUCCCCCGUGGGCUCCCCGCAAGCUGAGCCAGGAGGAGGAAGAGGCCCCCUUUUAUGAACCCUGCCUGGAGGCCGCCCUCAAGAUGGGGAGAGUCUUCCCCUACGAGACCAACUGGAACAAGUGGGGCUCGGCUGGGGGCCCCUGAUCCCUUGGAGGCCCCACCUAUUUUGUAAAUAAAGCAAGAGUGUCUCUUUUA